GUGGAAACGUGUUUUUGUGUUUUGUUACAGGAGCUCGUGAUGACCCGCGCGCUUUGCUUUAAUUUAUUGUUUACACGUUUAGGAAGGUGUCCAUAAAGCGCGUGCGCUUGUUUUUAUUAGAACUUGCUCGUGACCCAGUGAUGGAAAAUCUAGAAGUGAGUUUGUCAUCUCUGGCCAUCAUAUCCAGACAUGUGGAGAAGAGUCACAACCAGAUCAGCCAGUAUCUGUCCAAGCAGAUCUGGAGCCAGCAGGACAGACAGAGCAUUCUGGAGUGUUUGGCUCAGCUCCUCUUGGAGAAGGAUUACACUCUGCUGAUUGCGCGUCAUGUCCGGCCGCUGGUCCUGGACCUCCUGGAGCGCAACGCAGAGAGGGUCAAAGCUGGUGGCAGAAUCAACCAUGACUUCCAUGAGCGCCUGUGUGUGGCCCUCAGUAGACUCCUCAGCAUCAGUCCUGAUGCGCAUGCGUUCGCUGUGAGGUACUUCAGCAGUGCCCCGCCAGUGUUCCAGAGGCUGUUUUUCACCAGCGAACAGUCGUCUGCGGUCCAGUACGGCCCCAGGAGGAUGAAGCUCCGCGACCUUAUGGCUGCCACCCUGCGCUUCCUCCAAAGUGACUGUGCUAAGUUUCGGAUGCUGUGGGACUGGAGUCCCUGUGUUUCACAGCUACUCACCAGUGAUGUCAUGGUUCGAGGGUCCACGGCUCAGUGUUUAGCUCUUGUUUGCCACAUGACUGAUAAUCAGAAAGCCAUCUUCCUGAGGAAAGUGCUGUCGAGUGAUGAAAUUCUGCACAUGAAAAUGAAAGCUCUGGAGGAGAGUCAGCAGGUGGAGGCGGAGAGAGCUCUGGUAUUAACUAAUCAGAGGUCAGUAAAGUGGCACCAGGAGUUGGCCCAGAAGUUCACCAGAGGUCAGGUGGUAUCAGAGGACCUGUCCCAGAAUGUUGUAGCAGUCUGUGGAGUCAUUCUACCCAAGAUGGUUGCGCGGCAGCAGGCUGAGCAGGUGAAGCCGAGCCACCUGGUGCUGGUGGGGUCAACCUGCCAGAAUCUGAGAAGGCUGGCUCUGGCCGUGGCGUCCCAAAAGCCUGUCCUCCUGGAGGGUCCGAUUGGCUGUGGGAAAACUGCUCUGGUGGAGCACAUGGCAGCCGUCACCGGACAUACCAACGCUUCAGACAUUCUCAAGGUCCAGCUUGGGGAUCAAACUGACAGCAAGAUGCUGCUGGGAAUGUACCGAUGCACUGAUGUACCGGGGAAGUUUGUGUGGCAGCCAGGAACCCUAACCCAGGCCGUUUCUAAAGGCCUCUGGAUCCUUCUGGAAGAUAUUGAUCAUGCACCUCUGGACGUGAUUUCUGUCCUCCUGCCUUUGAUGGAGAAUAAAAAGUUGAUGAUUCCAGGUCGGGAGGAUUGCAUCGAGGUUGCUCCUGGAUUCCAGUUCUUUGCAACCAGAAGGAUGUACUGCAGUGGUGGCAACUGGCACAAGCCUCAGAACUCUCAUGCAGCACUGCUGGACAAGUUCUGGACCAAGCUGCAGAUGCGUAACAUGUCCCACGCAGAACUCAAGAAGGUGCUCAUCCACAGGUACCCCAUGUUGGCAGUGGUGUCAGACCGUCUGCUAGACAUCUACUGCCAGCUGACCGGUGAGAGACACUCUGAGGUGGACACCAGCACAGAGGGACAGCAGGACAAGCCUGAGGACAGAAGUACAUCGCUGGAGGGGAGAGCUCUGUCGAUGAGGGACCUGCUGAAAUGGUGCGAGCGGAUCAGUGUGAAUUUUGACAGCGCCUGCCCUGCCACAGCACAGCGAGUCUUCUUAGAGGCUCUUGACUGCUUCACAGCCAUGCUGUCCCGCCCUGCCAGCAGACUGCGCAUGGCUGAGAUCAUUGGAAGUAAGCUGAACAUCUCCAACGAGAAGGCUCAGUACUUCUGCCAGCUGUAUCAGCCCGGCGUGUCGCUGACGGAGCUGCAGGCUGCAGUGGGCAGGGUCACUCUGCCUCGGCAGCAGGCCGACACCGUGCAGCUGGCCGUUAUAAGCAGCAGUAAGACAUUUGCUGCAACCCGACCCUCGGCUGUUCUGCUGGAACAGCUGGCUGUUUGUGUGGCCAAGGGGGAGCCAGUCCUCCUGGUGGGAGAGACGGGAACAGGGAAGACCUCCACGGUGCAGCACCUGGCCUCAGUCACCGGACACAAGCUGUGUGUGGUGAACAUGAACCAGCAGAGUGAUACAGCUGAUCUUCUUGGAGGAUACAAGCCGGUAGACCACAGGCAGAUCCUGCUGCCACUGCGGGAGGCUUUUGAGGACCUGUUCUCCCAGACGUACUCCAGGAAACAGAACCUGACCUUCCUGGGCCAUGUACAGACCUGCUUUCGGGAAAAGCGCUGGCAGGAUCUGCUUCGACUCAUGGACCAUGUUUGCAAGUCUGCUCUGGCUAAGGAGCUGCAAGAAAAGCCAGAAGAUUCCUCUCUGCUGCAGCAGUGGGAGGCUCUGGCAUCCAAGCUGAGCCAGACCCAGCAGCAGAUCCGAGCCUGUGAGACAGCCAUGGUGUUUGCUUUUGUGGAGGGAACGUUGGCUAAGGCAGUGAAGAAGGGCCACUGGAUCCUGCUAGAUGAGAUCAACCUGGCAGCAGCAGAAACGCUGGAGUGUCUGAGUGGGCUGCUGGAGGGCAGUACUGGCUCUCUGGUCUUACUGGAUCGUGGAGACACUGAGCACCUGGUUCGCCACCAAGACUUCCGCCUCUUUGCGUGCAUGAACCCAGCUACUGAUGUGGGGAAAAGGAACCUUCCUCUGGGUCUCAGAAACAGAUUUACUGAGCUGUAUGUGCAUGAGCUGGAGAGCGAGGGAGACCUGAGGAUCCUCGUGUCAGACUACCUCAAGUGCUUGAACCCACCCAAGAGUGUCAUCAGUGGUAUCAUAAGUUUCUAUCUGGCAGCUCGGCGGGAGGCCUCUUCCCGGCUGGUGGACGGGACCGGUCACAGACCUCACUACAGCCUGCGCACACUGUGCCGGGCUCUGAGCUACGCAGCAGCUAACCCCUGCCUCAGCGUUCAGCGUUCUCUGUACGAGGGCUUCUGUUUGAGCUUCCUCACGCAGCUGGACAGGAGCUCCCAUCCUCUGGUCCAGAAGCUGGUGUGUCAACACAUCCUAGCAGGGAACACAAAAUGUCUGAAACAGCUGAUCCCAGCUCCACCGGGCCGGACCUGUGUGCAGAUAGAGGGCUACUGGGUUCCACAGGGAGAACUGGAGCCAGCUCUGGAUCCCAGUUACAUCCUCACUUCUUCAGUAAAGCUCAACCUGCGGGAUCUGUCCAGAGUGGUAUCUGCAGGGACGCACCCAGUGCUGAUCCAGGGGGAGACGUCUGUUGGGAAGACCAGCCUGAUCCGCUGGCUGGCAACAGCCACUGGGAACCAGUGUGUGAGGAUCAACAACCAUGAGCACACCGACAUCCAGGAGUACAUUGGCUGCUACUCCUCAGACGACAGGGGCAAGCUGGUGUUCAAAGAGGGUGUCCUGCUUGAUGCCAUGAGGAAAGGCUACUGGGUGAUCCUGGAUGAGCUGAACCUGGCCCCCACCGACGUCCUGGAGGCUCUCAACAGGCUGCUGGAUGACAACAGGGAACUGUUUGUGGCUGAGACGCAGGAAGUCAUCAGGGCUCAUCCCAGAUUCAUGCUGUUUGCAACACAGAAUCCCCCAGGGCUCUACGGAGGCAGAAAGGUUCUGUCCCGGGCAUUCAGGAACCGCUUUGUGGAGCUGCACUUCGAUGAGCUGCCCAGUGCAGAGUUGGAGACCAUCCUGCACCAGAGGUGUAGCUUACCUCCAUCCUACUGCACCAAGCUGGUCAAGGUCAUGCUGGACCUUCAGUCAUUGCGCAGAGGAUCUUCUGUGUUUGCGGGGAAACAUGGCUUCAUCACUCUGAGAGACCUGUUCCGCUGGGCGGAGCGCUACCGGCUGGAGGAGCAGGCUGAGGCCACUCAGGACUGGCUGCAGCACCUAGCAGAUGACGGCUACAUGCUGCUGGCUGGACGGGUCAGGAAGCAGGAGGAGGAGGCCGUCAUCCUGGACACCCUGCAGAAGCACUUCAAACGGACGGUGAACCCCGACAGCCUGUUCUCCCAGAAACAGCUCAUCAGUCAGUUCAGUCCUGCAGUGGGCAGCGUUGCAGCGGUACCAGAGGAGUUCCGUCAUGUGGUGUGGACCCAGAGCCUGAGGAGGAUGGCGGUGCUGCUGGGGCGAGCGCUGCGCUUUGGGGAGUCGGUUCUGCUGGUGGGAGACACAGGAUGUGGGAAAACCACCAUCUGCCAGCUGUAUGCAGCUCUGGCUGGACAGAAGUUCUUCUCUGUCAACUGUCACAUGCACAUGGAAACGUCGGACUUCCUGGGAGGCCUGCGGCCUGUUAGAUACACCCAGCAGACUGUUGGUGAGGAUGUCAGGCUGUUUGAGUGGAACCAUGGACCAUUGGUGCUGGCCUUGAAGGAGGGCGGAGUCUUCCUCCUGGAUGAGAUCUCACUCGCAGACGAUUCUGUGCUGGAAAGGCUCAACAGUGUCCUGGAGACAGAGAAAAGUCUGGUGCUGGCAGAGAAGGGCAGCGGAGACAACGACGACGUGGAGCUGAUCAGAGCGGCUACAGGCUUCCGCCUGGUGGCCACCAUGAACCCUGGAGGAGACUUUGGCAAGAAGGAGCUGUCUCCUGCCCUGAGGAACCGCUUCACUGAGAUCUGGUGUCCUCAGAGCAGCAGCCGCAGUGACCUGGUCCAGAUCAUCCAACACAACCUGCGCUCUGGACUCUCAUUAAAUGGCAUAGAUGUUGCAGAAGUGAUGCUGGACUUCAUGGAGUGGCUGGGCCAACAGGACUUUGGCCGGCGCUGCGUCCUGAGCGUCAGAGACAUCCUCUCCUGGGUGAACUUCAUCAACGCUGUGUGUGAGAGGGAUGAGGCCAGCUGCAUGACCAUGAGAACAGCUGAAGAACAGGAGGAAGACGAGGAGGAGGCAGAGUGGGACCUCAGACUGGAUGCUGUCACUGCUUGUGUCCAUGCUGCCUGCUUGGUUUACAUAGAUGGCCUUGGCUCAGGAACUACAGCAUCCUGUGCAGACGGUGCCCUGGCUGCACGCCGGAUGUGUCUGGCUUUCCUGCAGCAGAGGCUGAGUAAGACGACCCGGAUUGAUGAGGAGAUGCUGGAGGCCCUGAGGGUCUAUGACCCCUGCCUGCCACGGGACCCUCAGUGGGGAGAGGACUUCUUUGGCAUCAGCCCCUUCUACAUUGCCAUAGGAUCUGAAGCUGAGAGCCGCAGCCUGUCUGACUACGCCCUCACAGCAGGCACUGCGGCCAUGAACGCCCAGAGGCUUUUGCGGGCUCUGAAGCUGCAGAGGCCCGUGCUGCUGGAGGGCUCCCCCGGAGUGGGAAAGACGAGUCUGGUGGCGGCGCUGGCCAAGGCCUCCGGGAACCAGCUGGUCAGAAUCAACCUGUCUGAGCAAACGGACAUCACCGACCUGUUCGGGACAGAUCUUCCUGUGGAGGGAGGGAAAGGAGGAGAGUUUGCGUGGCGAGACGGCCCCCUGCUGGCUGCUUUGAAGGCUGGCCACUGGGUUGUCCUGGAUGAAUUGAACCUGGCCUCCCAGUCGGUGUUGGAGGGGCUCAAUGCCUGCUUUGACCACAGGGCAGAGAUUUACAUUCCUGAGCUGGGCUUGAGCUUCCAGGUCCAGCAGAAGAAGACCAAGAUCUUCGGCUGCCAAAACCCGUUCACACAGGGCGGUGGGCGCAAGGGACUGCCCAAAUCCUUCCUCAACAGGUUCACUCAGGUCUUUGUGGACCAGCUCACCUACAAAGACAUGGAGUUCAUUGGAAAUUCUAUUUUUCCCGCCAUUGACAAGGAAAUCAUCGCAAAAAUGGUUGGGUUCAAUAACAGGCUUGUUCAGGAGGUCUGUGUGGAGAGGCUGUGGGGGCAGAAGGGAAGCCCCUGGGAGUUCAACCUGCGGGACGUAUUCCGCUGGUGUCAGCUGAUGCUUACUGACCAGUCGCCAGGAUUUUUCAACCCAGGCCAGCAUGUGGCCUUGGUGUAUGCUGACAGAAUGAGAACUGAGGCAGAUAAGGCAAAGGUCCUGCUGGUGUUCAGGGAGGUGUUUGGGGAGGACUAUGAGCCUUACUGUGGCUCCAAACACUUCCACAUCACUCCUCUCAGCGUUCAGGUGGGCUUCUCUGUGCUGUGUCGCAGUGGGGGAGCCCCUGUGGAUCUGGACCCCCCACUGUCCAUCACACACCAGUGCCUGAAGCCUUUAGAGUCUCUGAUGAAGUGUGUGGAUAUGGGCUGGAUGACCAUAGUUGUUGGUCCCACAGCCAGUGGGAAGACCAGCCUGGUGAGACUGCUGGCCCUGCUGACGGGGCACCGUCUCCGGGUGUUGGCCAUGAACAGCGCCAUGGACACCACGGAGCUGCUGGGGGGAUUCGAGCAGGUGGACAUCAUGCGUCCAUGGCAGCAAGUGCUGGAGACAGUCGACUACAUGGUCGCCAUGGUGAUAAGGCGUGGACUGAUGUCUCUCAACGAUGGCACCCAGGACACAGAGUUUCUGCUGCAGACAUGGGGCAUGUUCUGCCAGUGGCUGAAGGAGAACGGACUACAAAGACCAGCAGGAGCAGUGACCUGUGAGGCUCUCAACAAGAUGGAGGUCAUCAUCCUCCUGCUGCAGAAACUCAACACCAAGCUCAAAGUGUUCACCGACAUGUCCAAGCUGCAGAUGGACUUCACUCUGCUGAAGGAGCGUCUGGCCCAGCUGGAGGACGGCUGGACCAACGGCGGCUUCGAAUGGCUGGACGGGAUGCUGGUCCAGGCCCUGCAGGCCGGGGAUUGGCUGCUCAUGGACAAUGUCAACUUCUGCAGUGCUUCUGUCCUGGAUCGCCUCAAUGCUCUUCUGGAGCCCAACGGAUCCCUCACCAUCAAUGAGCGUGGUGUAAUCGAUGGGAAGACCCCCAGGAUCACCCCUCACCCCAACUUCAGGCUGUUCCUCACCAUGGACCCGGUGCAUGGGGAGCUCUCCAGAGCUAUGAGAAACAGAGGGGUGGAGGUCUACAUCCCAGGGGAACGUGAGGGGUUGUGCUGGGACACUUUGGACCUAAAGACCCUGCUCCACUCUGCCGGUGUGACAGGGAACUGUGUGUGUGACUUGCUCAUUCAAAUCCAUCAAGACAUCAGAAGUGCCAUUUGGGACUCCUCAGCCUCUUCAAUGGCGGCCCUUCUCCACGCUGCCUCUCUGCUGUCCUGCCAGCUGCAGCGAGGUGCAGACCUUCGCAGCGCCCUGCAGCACGCCUGUACUGAGGUCUACGCCUUCUGUCAGCGCUCCACUGCCAACCAGAAGCAAGCCCAGCAGGUGAUUGAGCAGCACCUGGUUGUCAUGGAUACGGGCGCCUGGGGAGACGGGCUGCUGUGUGCCGGGGUGUGGCCGGACAGCUUCCCUUCAGCUCUUCUCUCUACUGAAGAUUCCUGCUUCUCCUCAGUCCUCAGAGACGGGCAGGUCCUCCUGUUCUGCCUCAACUCCCUCAGCCUGCAGGGGAAACGGAACCGUCCACUGAGACUGAGGGACCUGGAGCAGGCCUUGCAGAGCAGUGGAGUCCAUGAAGACUGUGUGUUUUCUGGAGGAGUGCUGGAUCUGGAGGAUGGUGAUGCUCUCAGGCUCGUCCCCACUGCAGUGAGGCUGGUGACAGAGAGAGCAUCCCAUGGAGACUGGAUCCUCCGCAGCCACUGGCUCUCCAACCUGGGGAAGAGCUCCAAAUAUCUGCCAGAGCCAGCGCUGGUCCAUGUGGAGGCAGGAAACCGAGCUCUGAAGGCGGUGUUCAGCAGCACCCUGGCUGCAAAGGGGAAAACGCUGGCAGAGCUGCUGCAGCCACACAGCAAAGAUGAAUACAGGAUUCUGAUGGACAUGCGCUGGAACAAGCAAUACCUGGAUAUUCUAACUAACAAGUGCAACUUUGAGGAUGAGGAGAGAUACAUGGAGUUCCUGGAGGCUCUGAAUGCAGUGGCUAACAGGAUUGUUCUGAUGAUGGACCGGGAGGAGAGAGCCGUCAGUUGCUCCUGCACCGUCAGUGUGGCUCCGCCCACUUCCUCUCUGAGAGUCGCCACAGCCUUCAGCAAAGGAAGCUUAGACAUCAGCCAGCUGCCUCACCCUGUGCUCAUGCACCUGCGAGCGUUCUUUGACCGGUGGGAUGCCUACGUCCUGCAGGCCGUGCAGAACGGACAGCCGCACAUCUCUGACCACGUCAUGUUUGAGAUCCUGCAGCUGCUCCGGUGGCGCGACCACUUCUGGGAUGUGUGCGUCAUGCUUCCGGCCGACUCCCAGGGCGUCUCGGUGCUGUCGCUGCACUGGCAGUGGCUGCAGAAGCACCUCAUCCUGCGCCUGCCUCAGCUGCUGAUGGGAGACACAGCAGCCACUCUGGAAGGUCAGCAGGACUUGCAGGCUGUUUCAGCAGCCAUCCAGAGCCUUUUGUCCACUCCAGUGUCGGUGGCCGCUGCACUCAAAGGCAUGCAGAGGUCUCUGGGGAAAGCUCUGCCUUACAAGCUGGAGGCGGUGGCAGAGUGUGCGUCCCGGCUGCGGCUGCUCAGCAUGGCUCUGGAUGUGAACGCGCUGCAGCUGGACGAGGCUCUGAGCUGGGGGGGGCAGCAGCUGCUCCGGGUGCAGGCAGCCGGACUCUGGCUCGACAUCAAGGAAAGCCUCCUGGAGGCAUCAGGUCUGGUUCUGUCUGCUAACAACCAGCUGGACCCACACAAGUCUGGGGUCCUGGAGAAGCUGCUGCUGAGCGUGGAGCAGCUGCAAAGUCACAUGACCUCCAGAGGGCUGUCAGGUUUCAGCUCCAUGUCUGAUGGAGAGGCAGAGGAGGGCGAGGUCCACAUGGGCCGAGCCGGGCUGCUGCAGCUCAGAACCCAGACCCAGCUCUGGCCUUUGAUGGAAGGCCUGUCUGUCCUCAACCAGCUGCUUCUCAGUGCAGAUCUGCUGCACCUGGCUCUGUCUCCAUGUGACCGUGUUGCUGAGGACGACCUUCGCCGCCGGCUGUCCAGACACCUUCGCUUCUGCCUGCAGUCGACGCCGAUGAAUGUGGGGCAGCUGCAGAGUCUGUGGUUCCUGCUGAGCAGCGAUGGGCUGCAGGAGAAGCUGCCCUUGGUGUGGUGUGAUCUGCUCUCUGAGGCCCUGGCUGCUCUCUGGAGCUGCAGCGUGACCUCUGACCCCACCCGCUGGCUCAGAUGGAACCCAGUGGAUCCAGAGACCCAGAAGGAUCUGACGCCGCGCCCUGGAGCAGAGAACAUGGGCCCAGCGUUGCUGAAUAAAGCAGUGUGGUCCUGGUGCAUGCUGGGAGUUCUGAGCAGGGGAGAGGUGCAGGCGGAGGCCCCCCUGUCCUGUGGGGUCAGCCUGGGGGAGUGGGAGGAGAGGGUCCAGCAGCUGGAGGUCGUCUCUUCUGUCCUGUGGGAAAACCUGACCUUUCCAGCCACAGCCCAUUUCAGGGUAACGGACCUGAGGCUGCAGGGGGCGGUGCUGCGGCGGCAGCUCCAGAGCAUGGCCGACCUGCUGCCCCCUCACCUUCAGGAGGGCUACAUGGAGAGCUGUGAGAGCCUGGUGCAGGACGCCACGCCGCUCACCGCCGCCCAGGAGAUCCAGACGCUCCUCAAGAACUUCCUGCCUCCCCAGCUGCUGCCUGAAGGCCUGAUGGCGGCCUGCACAGCCUGUCUGCAGCAGUUUGUCCAGGUCAAAGGACAGGGCGGGGACUCCCUGGCCCAGUGUGGUGUGUUCUGGGUCAACAUGGGCCUGCUGCAGAUCCGAGUCUGGACACCGCAGACCAUCUUUGACCCGGCGGUGAAGAGGAGCUACAAACUGAACUACGCUCAGCAGGAGCUGGCUCUGCUGCAGGAUGAGUGGAAAGCUCGCAGCGCAUCGUCUGAGCUGAAGAGCGGAGAGGAGCUGAAGGAGAGCAGCACCACUGACGGCUUCCAGCAUCCCAGGAUCAGAUACUUGUGGAUCCGCAUGCAGCAGGUGAAGGAGCAGAUAGCAGAGCUGUCCAGGAAGCAGGCCUUCCGGCCGCAGCAGGCCCAGUAUGGCCGGCUGUACCGGGAGCUGCAGCACUACCUGAGCAGCGUGGGCCACAUGUCGGCUGUGGAGGAGCUGCUGUCUCGGCUCCUGAAGGCCCUCCAGGACCCGUCCUACUUCAGGUCCGGGUCAGCCGUCCGGGCCCUGCUCAGAGAGGAGGCUGGCUGGCAGAACUCUCAGCAGCGCUUCUGCCAGAAGCUCCUGGAUGACUACCCUCUGUUCCCGGAUCUGGUGGGCCCGGUCCGGACCGGCCUGCUCCAGCUGCGGCACGGCAUGAGGCUGGUGGCCUCCCAGCUGGCUACCUCUCUGACCCCUGUCCCUGGCCUGUCCAAGCUGGUGUCCUGCUUGGUGUCCUUCCCCUCCGUGUCCCCCGGCCUCCCGUCAGACCUGGACCGGGCCCAGUUCCUGUGCUCCAGGACCUGUAUAGAUGUUGUGCACGGCCUGGAGAAGCUUCUGCCCCAGCAGGAGGCAGGUAGCGUGGCCCCUCAGCCCUCUGCUCUGCUGCUGAACGCUCUGCUGUAUGUCCGCUGCCACAGCUUGUCCACAGGAGAGCUCAGUGAGGAGGCAUGCAGCCUCUUCAGACACAUCUGCCAGGCCGUGGUGAACGAGUGGGACAACCAGGAGAAGAGGAAGCAGGAGCAGGGGCAGCUGGAGGCUUCUCUGUACCGCAGCCGCAGCCGUCUGCACGGCUCAGGCCUGACUCAGGACCAGCAGGACGAGACAGACUUCAGGCGCCACUUCCCUCAGUUCAGCAAGGACUUUGCAGAUAUUUUGUCCCAGCCCAGCCUGGAAGGCCCGGCUGACACAGAACCAGAACAUGAGGCCGAUACUGCUGCAGCCUCUCUGUCUGGACCUGCCAUCAACACACUGGUCCAGGUGCAUCAGUGUGUGUGUCUGGGUUACGCCCAAUCACUGUGGUACCAGAGCACGCCACCAACCAAUCACAGUAAAGAACACAUCAAAGCCCUGAUCUCUUCCCAUCAGAUUGCUUCCCCUGUGAUGACUCACUUCUAUCAUCUGAUUGAUUCGGAGCUGGACCUACAGCUGGCCGGCUGCGGCCUGCUGCUCUCUGCCCUCCUCCAGAACACUGUGUCGGGCUCCGGGGGUUCUGAUGAGCUGGCCCUCUCCUCAGAGGGGCCCUAUGACUUCUACCAGCAGCCUAACAUGAGAGAGGCGCGCCUCUGUCUGCCUGUUCUGGAACAACUGAGUGAGGCAGUGAAGACAAGGCUGGAGGAAUGGCCGGAGCACCCUGCUCUGGUCCAGCUGAACGUGGUCAUGGACAGGAUCAGGUCGUUCAGCUUGGCCUGCCCUCUGGCCAAGUUCCUCAACGGUCUGGAGAUUCUGCUUGGCAAGGCACAGGACUGGGAGAAUAACGCCAGCCGCGCCGUAUCCCUGCGGAAGGAACUGGAACCAGUCACCCAGCUGAUCAUCCAGUGGCGCAAACUGGAGCUGAACUGCUGGUCAAGCAGCCUGGACAAUGCCUUGAAGCGCCAUACAGAAAAAUCCACCAAACACUGGUUCUCCCUCUACCAGCUGGUGGAGCGUUACCUUCAGGAACAGAGAGAGGAGGCGGACACAGGAGAGCAGGCAGCAGACAGCCUGUCCCUGUCCUCUGUGUCCUCUACACUGGAAGCCUUCAUGGAAGGCUCCACCCUGGGCGAGUUCCACACCCGUCUGAGAAUGCUGCUCAGCUUCCACUGCCAUCUCCUGCUGGUGCCUGAUCUCCCAGGUCAAGAGUCUUUGUCCCGGCUACUGUGGAACCUUCAUCGGUACUACAGCCAGUUCUCUGAGUCUGUCCAGGGCAAGAUACUUCAGCUCAGGCAGCCCAUUGAGAAGGAGCUCAAAGACUUAGUCAAGAUUUCCAAGUGGAAUGAUGUCAGCUACUGGUCCAUCAAGCAGUCAGUGGAGAAGACGCAGCGCACUCUCUUCAAGUUUGUGAAGAGGUUUGAGGAUGCUCUGAGUGGACCCAGUCUAGCAGCACUGGUGGAACAAAGAAGCAGUUCCAGCUGGGACCCAGAGCCUGCCGGGUCAGGGGACGCUCCCAUCCAGAGGGUUCAUCAGGCGCUGAAGAGCGCCAUGCCUGGCCAGGGCAGGGAACUUCAGAAUGAGGACCUGGAGGAAGGCACUGGACCAUCUUCCUUGCAGGCCCGUUUGCCUGUUUUGUUCCGGAAGAUGAAGAAGAUGAGCAUCCAGCUGCUGAAGAGAACAUCCGUACCUGAACUGGCUGAAGAUCUGGACUGUUUUACUGGUGAGAUAAUCAGCAACCUAGGAGACCUGCAGAGCCUCAGCAUAGACACAGCAACAGCCAAAGAAAAGCAGCAGACGGAGGUCAAGCACAUCCUUCAGCAGAAGCAGAGAGCUCUGUCUGACCUGUUCAAGAUGCUCUCUGAAAUAGGCCUGUCGUACCGCAAAGGGCUGAUAUGGAACAGAACCGCUGACCCAGAAAGCACCCUCUGCAUGCACCCGCUAGAGAUGAGCACUGCUCUCUCUGCUGUGAAGACCCAGGGCCAGCCUGAGCAUGUGCUGUUUACAGAGUUACUGGGAGCCUGGGAAGGAUGCCAGAAAUACUUCUACCGUUCAUGGGCCAGGAGGACGGCCCUGCUGACCGCUCUCCAGCACGCCUCAAAGGAGCUUGGUGUUGGGAACAUAGAGCGCUGCAGAGGUUUCUCCUCCCACCUGUUCAAGCUGCUGCUCAGACAGAGGCAUCGACUGGCCCAGCUGACCCAACACUGGGUCUCCCUCAGGAAGCUAACUGCCAGCCUCCAGAACAUACAGACCCACCUCCAGAGCCACAGUGAGGACGGGGGCUGCUACCUGCCCCCCCAGGACUCUCUGCAGGACUGGUUCAGAAGAGGCCGGGGGCUGGCAGCUCAGAGUGCCACACUUCUGCAACAACUGUCCUGGCUGCUCCAGUGUUGUCCUGAAGAACCCCAGCAGAGGGAGCAGACGGGCGCCAGCAGCAGGCGCCACACCCUGAUGUGCCCUUCCCCCCUGACAGUGCAGCAGCAGCCCCCUGGCUGCCUGCUGAGGAGGGGAGACCCCGGCUGGACCCAGCUGCAGCAGCAGGUCGCUGCCAUGCUGAAGGACAGUCAGAGUGUGAAGGAGCAGCUGGCCUCCUCUGGGUCCAUCCUCUGCUCCUGGAGCAGCUUUACCACCUGCUGUUCAGCCAUGGAGCAGUUAGGGGGCGUGGCAGCCCAGAUGAGUAGCAUAGAGAGCUUGUUUUCCCCGCUAACCGGGGAGGGUGGGGCCAACACCCAGCCCGCCGUGACACAGAGUCUGAACUACGUCCGAGGACAGGUGGAGACGGCCAUCACUGAGUUUACCAGCUGGAGAAGUCAGCUGCUGUCCCCGGGGCCUGAGCCCAUCGGUCAGCACUCUGCUUUCUGGAGCUUCUUCUCUGCUGAGCUGGAGGCCAACAUCAGCGCCCUGCUGCAUGCUGUCCAGAGACUGGUGAAGAGGAGGACGGCUGAGGAUGAAGGACAGACACAGGAAGAGCCAAAGACAGACGGAGCUGAGGAGAAGGAGGAGCCUGUAGAGGACCUGCUGAAGCCUGGUCACCUGACUCGGCUCUUGGAGGCAGAGCUUGAAGCUGAGGUGGAGGCUCUGUCUGUUGGCAGUGUGAGCGUUGCCGUGACGAAGCUGCUGGGCUGUGUGAGGAGACACAGAGACUCCUGUCCCCCUUCACAGCUUCAGGAGGUGAACCGGGCCUGCAGGGCGCUGGUCCGGUUCCUGCCCCUGCUGGGGGUCUAUUCAGACCUGGCCCGCUACUACCUCUCUGUGUCGCUCGCAGUCCACAGAAGCACAGGCAAGCUGCUGUCUGUGCUGUCCAGCAUCUUCACCCAGCUGGCCCAGAAGGGGUUCUGUCUGCCUCAGGAGCUGAUGCCUGGAGGCGACGCGGACGGAGCCACAGAGUUCCAUGACUACGAGGGCGGAGGCAUCGGAGACGGAGACGGCACCAAGGACGUCAGCGACAAGAUCGAGAAUGAAGACCAGGUGGAGGAUUCCUUCCAGGAGGGAGCAGAGAAGGAGGAGCAGCAGAAUUUGGAGAACAUCAAGUCGGAGGACAACGGAAUCGAAAUGUCUGAAGACUUUGAUGGACGAGUUCAUGAUGGGGACGAGAAUGAAGGUGGUGAAGACAACGAGUCUGAUGAAGAGGAGGAAGAGGAGCUGGACAAAAAGAUGGGAGACCUGGGAGAAGGUCAGACAGACACUUUGGAUGAGAGAAUGUGGGGGGAUGAUGAAGAGGAUGAUGAAGAGGAAGGCAGUGAGAAGGAAGAGGAGUCUGGACAGGGCAUGGACCAGGGCGAAUCUGAGCUGGUGGCUAAAGAGGACAACCUGGACACAGCCGACUCCAACAGGGACAAGAAGAGUCAGGACCAGGAUGAAGAGCAGCGUGAGGAGGAGACGGAGAAGAUCCACGAGCAAGGAGACGAGAGAGAGUUUGAUGAGAACGAGGUGGACCCGUACCACGGUCAGCAGGAGCAGAGACCAGAACCAGAGGCCAUGGACCUGCCUGACGACCUCAUCCUGGACCAGGAGGAAGAGGCUGGAGGAGAUGAUGAUGAGGAUGGUGAUGAUGAAAACCCGCUAGAUAUUGAUGACAAGGCCAUGGAGGUGGAGCUGAAAGAGGAAGAACAGCGAGAUGGAGAGGAAGAGGAGUCAGGAGAAACUGAGAUGGAGAACCAGAGAGACGACGAACAGAACCAGGAACCCAAAUCUGAGGAAGAGGAUGAGAAAGGACAUGAGAAACAGGAAGAGGCAGCUGAUGAAGAUGAAGAAGAAAAGGAGGGGAAGGAGAAUAGAGAAGCACAGGAAGAAAAAGAUAAGGCUGCUGGAGAUGACAGCGGAGAGAAACUCAAGCAGGAGGAUGAAGCUGAGAGUGAGGAUGAUGAGCAGCCCAGCUCUGCUGAGAGGAAGGAGCACAGUGCAGACGGUCAGACUGGAGAGCAGAAUAUUCAGAGUGACUCCGCUGUGGAGCUGGCCGGCGCCGCUGCAGAGACAGAUCAGGCUAAAGAGGAGCAUGGCAGCGGUGCAGCUGAUGCCAGCCAAUCAGAAGGCCACCAGUCCAAGCUGACAGCCAGGAUGGCCUCUCAGAAGCAGACUCAGAGCCAGACUCAGAGCUUUAAGAGGAAACCGGGCCAAGCAGAUAACGAGCGUUCGCCUGGGGAUUACAGCGAGCGCGUCAACAAGCGCCUGAGAACGGUCGAGAGCAGCCAGGAACGCUCUGAGAGCAGGCAGGCAGACAGCCAGCACGACUCAGACCUGUAUGAACACAUCCGACCUGGGGAGACAGCCUACGACUCCCAGACCUACGAUGUCGCCAGUGCAGAGCAACAGAAGGCAGCAGGACCUCUGAAGGAUCAGGAUGAAGAUGGAAAUGAUGAUGUUGCCAUGGAGACAGAGGACCAGGAGGAACAACUCCAGUCUGCUGAUGUAGAGGAGCUGAAGCCGGAGCAGCUGGAGACCUCCAAGUUCUCCCAGAAAGGUGUGGAGAGCGGAGAAGCUGAGCAGCAGAGGCAGGAUGAGGAAGAUGAGAGGCUGAAGGAGCGACAGCCUCCUGGAGAGGAAGAGAAAUCCACCAGGAGCUCUGAAUCCACCAUUCACACGGCUCCUGCUGUCCUGCUGCUGUCUGAGCAGAAGACAGAGCGAGACCCAGAGGAGCUGAGGAGGGAGAUGGAGCUGCAGCUGGAGGCCUGGCGUCAGCUGGCUCCAGGAACCCAGGAGGAGGAGGCUGCAGCAGCUUCCAUGUGGCUCCAGUACCAGGCCCUGACCUCUGCCCUCUCCCAGCAGCUGUGUGAGCAACUGCGCCUCAUCCUGGAGCCCACGCAGGCUGCCAAGCUCCGUGGGGAUUACCGCACAGGGAAGCGGCUGAACAUGAGGAAGGUGAUCCCUUACAUCGCCAGUCAGUUCAGAAAGGACAAGAUCUGGCUGAGGAGGACCAAGCCCAGCAAGAGAGAGUACCAGAUCUGUCUAGCAGUGGAUGACUCCUCCAGCAUGGUUGACAACCACUCUAAACAGCUGGCGUUCGAGUCCCUGUCAGUGAUCAUCAACGCUCUCACUCUGCUGGAGGUCGGCCAGGUGUCUGUGUGCAGUUUUGGGGAGCAGAUGCAGCUGCUGCAUCCCUUCCAGCAGCAGUUUAACGACGAGUCGGGAGCUCGCAUUCUGCGCCUCUGUCAGUUCCAACAGAAGAAGACCAGGAUAGCUCAGUUUCUGGAAACGUCUACUAAGAUGUUUCUCUCAGCACGACAGCAAAUUCCAGGAUCUCCGAGCUCAGAGACGGCCCAGCUGCUGCUCAUCGUGUCUGACGGCAGGGGAUUGUUCCUGGAGGGCAAGGAGCGCGUGGUGACAGCGGUGCAGGCAGCACGCACAGCUAACAUCUUUGUGAUCUUCGUGGUUCUGGACAACCCCAACACCCGGGACUCCAUCCUGGACAUCAAGGUGCCCAUCUUCAAAGGGCCAGGAGAGCUGCCAGAGAUCCGCUCCUACAUGGACGAGUUCCCCUUCCCCUUCUACGUCAUCCUGCGGGACGUCAACGCCCUGCCGGAGACGCUGAGCGACGCGCUGAGACAGUGGUUUGAGCUCAUCACAGCUGCUGACCAAUAGGCAGGCCAGAAGCAACGGCUAACUGCUGGAACCUGCAGAGCAGGCUCUCUGACCUUGUGCCUUCAGCCUGUUGUGUUCCCCAGUGUGACAGCAGGCUGUCAGUCUGAUGAUGUUUCAUGUUAGAAUCUUCAACAUCUAACAUGAAACAUUUUGAGCAAAGAUGGAACCACUAUUCUGAAGACGACAGACUCGAAUGUGUUAGACUGGGUCAAGCUGCUGUGUGGACGGGACUGUCCAUGUCUUCACUGGGUCACAGUAUGUGGGGACGGAGGGUCAGGGGACCUAAUCAUGUGCCUUGGGGAACCCCAUCAGGAUGCUCAAGCUUUAAUUUAAACACUUCGUUCAGCUAUUGUGUGGAAGUAAAGCCUCAUGCUGACAGGACAAAUGUGAGACGUUUCUGAUGUGUACAUGAGCAGAAAUAUUGAAGUUUUAUGUAUUUACCUGCUAAUGUGAAUGAUGUAAAGAUCUGAGGUUUACAGGUUGUGCCACAUUUCUCUCACCUGGCAGAAGAGCAAAACAACUCUGCUCCAUGUUGGCAGAUCACUAUUUUACUAUUAAUUUAAUCGAUCAUAAUAAAGUUUUAUGGAAAGAACAUGAA